AUGGGAGGUGGUAGAAAUCAGGUUCAAACUCAAAAUUAUUGUCCACAGGCUCAGAAGUAUUUUAUCAGGCAAUUAUCAGGAGGGAAAGAUAAGAGAAGAGCCAGCAUCCAUGACAUAACCACUGUGAAUCUCAAUGACACUAGAACUCCAUCCCCUGAUAGUAAAGGGCCUCCUUCUCCGGACCAAUCUUCCCUGCUGUGUCAGCAAUCAAAUUCUGCUUCAAUACCAAGGAGAUCAUUUCAAUGGAUUCAGCCAAGUAGUGGUGGUGGAGCAAACAUGGGUUUCAAUCCAACAAAUGGAAAUAUUUUUGUCUCCAAUCCUUAUGGGAUCAACUCCUAUGGAAUUAAAAUAGAAGGGCAGAAUCUCCAUAGAGGUGCUGUUCAUGACUCUUACUUUGGACAUCAAAAUAUGGUUUUUCAGAUGCAAGCAGCACAGCACUACCCACAUGGAUAG